AUGCCCCUGGAAGUUGAAGACAAAUGUCUGGCAUUUCAUGGCCCGCUUUUGUACGCGGCUAAGAUCCUGAAAGUGCAUGAUCCGGACACCCCUGGUGAAAAACAAGAAACAAAGAAUGACGAACAAAGCGAGGCAGAAGAGGUACCUGCGAAUUUGAAAGACCAGCAAUGCUAUUAUAUCCACUACCGCGGCUGGAAAUCGUCGUGGGACGAAUGGGUGGGCCUCGACAGGAUCCGCGAGUACACGGAUGAAAAUUUGGAGUACAAACGACAACUUGUGGAGCAGGCCAAAGACGCAAGACAAGCGAAGAAAAAGGCGCCUGCCAAGCCCCGCAAGAUGGUGGAGCCCCGCAAACGCAAAAGCCAGCCAGGCUCCACACCUGACGACGCAGUGGGCGUUGCCCAGCCCCAGGGCCCCCGUAUAGCGAUCCACAUAUCGCAAACACUCAAAGCCGUAUUGGUGGACGACUGGGAACGCAUAACCAAGGACAAAAAACUGGUACAGCUGCCGUGUAAAUCCACUGCAGCAGAUCUUCUGGACAAAUAUUAUAAGUCGGCCAGUGCACAAGAGAUCUCGCCCGUGCUACAAUCACAGCUACAAGAAUACUGCAACGGGCUGAAACUUUAUUUCGAUCACUCACUUGCGGUGAUACUACUGUACCGUUUUGAGCGAAUGCAAUAUGCAGAUCACAUGCAAGAGCAACCGUCCACUGUAUAUGGCGCCAUUCAUCUGAUGCGAUUGCUAAGCAACCUUCCUGAGCUGGUCUCACUUACGUCCAUGGAUGAAUAUGGCUGCGAGGUAGUUGUACAGCAGACUGACAAAUUACUCAAGUGGCUCGAAAACCAGUCCGACCUUUUCAGCGAAAACACCUACGUGAACACUAGUAGCCAGUACGAAGGGAUGGCCUUGGGACUCUGA